GGAAGAAGCCCAUUGGUCGGCGCUGGUAGGUUAAACCGAGGAUCGUAUUUUUGUUCCUGUGUCAACGGGAAAAAAGAAAAGAGCAGCAGCCAGUGAGACUAAGUUGACAUCAAAGAUAUUAUUUUACUUUCAAGCAUUAACGGAAAAGACGCCUCGGACCUCUCACCAGCCAGGAGACCCCCAACUCUACAGAAGUCCUUUUUAAAGAUGAACUCUAAUGUGGAGAAUUUGCCGCCUCAUAUUCUUCGCUUGGUUUACAAAGAGGUUUCAGCCUUAGCUGCGGACCCCCCCGAGGGUAUUAAGAUCUAUCCAAGCGAUGAAGACAUAACUGAACUGCACACAGCCAUAGAAGGACCAGAGGGAACUCCAUUUGCUGGUGGCAUUUUCCGAAUGCGUCUGGUCCUUGGGAAGGACUUCCCUGCGGUUCCACCCAAGGGGUAUUUCCUGACCAAGAUUUUUCACCCCAAUGUCGGUCACAAGGGAGAGAUCUGUGUCAACGUGUUGAAACGGGACUGGAAGGCAGAACUUGGCCUCAGACACGUCUUACUUACGAUCAAGUGUCUUCUCAUCCACCCAAACCCAGAAUCGGCUCUGAACGAAGAGGCCGGGCGUUUGCUGUUAGAGGACUAUGCAGAAUACGAGUCCCGCGCUCGUCUGCUUACAGAAAUCCACGCCAUGAGUGGGCCUGGCGGGACAUCUGGGGCUCCUCCGGACUCCAAUGAUGGCCCACAGCCAAAGAAGCACGCAGGUGACCCCACAAAGAGAGCGGGACCCAGUGCAGCAGCUAUGCCAGCAACGCUGGGUAAUGGAGCUAGCGGAGCCAGUACCACCACCAGCAAUAACAGUAGUAGUAGUAGCAGUAAUAAUGUAGCAGGGAAAAAGAAAGCAGAUAAAAAGCGUGCAUUGAGGCGACUUUAAUACCUCAGCGAGAUUCUCAGUGUGUGUGUGUGUGUGCGCGUUUGUGUGUGUGCGUGCGUGCGUGUGCGAGAGUGUAAAUAUAAAUAUGAAGUGUGCUAAUGAUGUUUUGAUUCUCCUUUUUUCUGACUCUUUCUACCACCAGUCCAAUCUUUCCCCUUUGUACUCAUACCUUACACUUGGUUUUGCCACGACUUUGUCCUGUUGGCAUUAUAUUGAGGUUGGUUAAUUAUUUCCAUACCUGAAGACAUUGUGAAAAAUACUUGUUCCUAUAGACUUUUCAGGAUAUCAUGCCAUCAUUUGUAUCUUUUCCUUGGCCGUUUUAUGAGUGAAUGACAUAGGUAAUUAUUUUCACUUUGUAAAACAUGGCCUCUAAUGUCUGGCCAUUGACGAAACAAAGCUAAUGUUGCCUCAGACUCUUUUUUUAAAGUGUUUCCUGAUAAACGCUGCUGUGAUGGUACUGUGUACUGCUCAGCCAGGCCCACUGUUGAGUCUAAACCACGAUGCUACUUACAAUUUAAAUCAGGUUUUCAAACUGAGCUCAAAAGGAAGUGAUGGUAGAAGAUGUUUUAACAAUAAUGUAAGAAGUCAGAAUUGGGAGAGACAUAAUUGUUAAUGUCACACAAAAUUGUCUCAUGUUUUUAAAAUGAAUUUUUCAUAACUGAACUGAAUGAAGUAAAGCUAUGGAGUCUCAAAGCC